AUGUUUAAUCUAUUAAAAAGAGUUGUACUAAAAGAAAAAUUCAUUGAUAUUCCAAAAUCAAAAAUAAUAAAAACGGGGCAAACAGUUUCACGACUUGGCUUUGGCGGGUAUCGAGUAGUAGGGCAAAACUCGAAUCAUCGUUUGUCCUUAUACAAAUCGAUUCAAAAUGGGAUAAAUGUGAUUGAUACGAGUACACACUUUGAAGCCGGAAAGAGUGAAGAAAUGAUUGGGGAAGUGAUGGAAGAUGUGAUCAAACGUAGAAUGAAAAAUCGAGAGGAGAUCGUUGUUAUCUCGAAAGCGGGGUAUGUCAAUACAGAUGACCCUUCAUAUUUAGAUGAUACCCGAUUUGCAAAGAUUAAUAAAAAAUCAGCGCAUUCGAUAUCCACGGAUUUUUUGGAGAAAGAAAUUAGCGAAUCUCUAAGGAGAUUACGCAUGAAAAAAGUGGAUAUAUUUAUGAUCAAUAAUCCAGAGCGAAUUUUGAAAGCAACGAAUAAGAUAUAUUCAUUGGAUCGAUUAUAUAAAGAUAUAACGGCUGCAUGCGUGUUUCUUGAUGAAGAAUGCAAAAAAGGUAGAAUCGGCGGGUAUGGGAUAUGCUCAAAUUCAAUGGCGAUUCCAAAAGCGAAUGAUCACAUUUCCUUACCGAAGAUUUUGGCCGACUUGCCAGCUAACAGUCGGUAUAAUCUGGUAGCCAUAGAAACACCAUUAAAUAUUUUCGAACGAGAUGUUCUAGAAAGUAAUGGAGAACUUCACUCCUUAGCGGAUAUAGCAAAAAUGAAUGAUAUUUUCUUGUUCACUAAUCGUCCAUUGCAUGCAAUUGCCGGUGGAACAAUACAUAAGUUGGUGAACAAUAAAGAUGACAUCGUGUCCGAACAAGAAAUCCUCGGUAAUCUGGAACUUAGUUUCACAAGUUUGAAUGAACUUGAAAAUAAACUGAGUGAAACACUCGGUAUUGGCUUUCCAAUAUCAACAAAGUUUGUCUGGUCUAAUGUAUUAGCUGAGAAUUUGGCACGAUUAUCAAAAAGUUAUUUUGCCGCAAGUCAUUAUCUCGAAAAGGAGGUGCUACCCUCUAUCAUGCGUGAUUUAAAAGAUCUGUCAGACCACAACAAAAAUACGGAAGAAUUGGAUCGUGAAGAAAAGUUCCGUGUUGGAAUUUGGAUUUCUGAUUAUGAAAAACAAACAAGAUGCCUAAUUCAACUCAUCCUAUCAUACGCUCGUGUGCAAGCAUUACAGAGAAACGACGAAUUAGAAACGCUCAUCACGAAUUUUUCUCCUUCAUUAUCAGAAUCCUAUUCACCUGAAGAAGGCACGAAAUUUGAUGACAUGAUUUCUCAAUACUCUCCAUUAUCAGUAAAAGCGUUAAGAAUCAUACUGGCUGAUCAACGCGUUGGAUGCGCGUUAAUCGGAAUGAGAAGACCAGAACAUGUUAAAGAUGCUUUACUCGCUUUAGAAUUACAUCAGAAAGAGCAUGAUAAUGAAGACAUUAUUCCCAGCCAAGAUGUUCGGCACAUCCCAGAAAUUUCUAUAAAUCCUGUUAGCUCUUAUUUUAAAAAGAUAAGCGACGCUAAACAACUCGAUUCUGAAAAGUCUGAAGACCAAGAAAACGACGUGUUUGCCGUUCCAAUGAGUGAUCACGAAGAGUCUACGCGUCCUACAAAGAAACCGAAAAAGUCCAAAGGAUCUGAGCAGCAGCCUUCGGAAGAAAAAGGCAAGCAGAAAGAAAUUGAAGUUAAGGAGCCGGCAGAUAAAAAGCCAGCAACUAGAAAAGCUUCCAAGACGAAAAAAGACAACGAAGAGCCUACCGUUACUUCCAACACUAUUCCAAACAAUACUACCAUGCCUAAACAAUUAGUUUUCCCAGCAAAACCUGAAGGAACGGUAAAGUUUGUGUCAUGGAAUGUCAGUGGGCUAAAAGCCUCACUCAAAAAGGGUUUUAAAUUCUAUGUGCAAGCUGAAGAUCCGGAUAUCUUGUGCUUACAAGAAACAAAAAUAAAUGAACCGAUGUAUGAUAUUGUGGAUGGAGAAAAGUACAAGUGUCGAGAAUGGGGAUUUGAAGAUAAAAAAGGAUAUGGUGGUAUUGCGAUUUUCUCAAAAAUUGAACCUAUUUCAAAAACGUAUGGCCUUCCCACUCAUCCGAAGCCUGAUAUCACGAAAGGUCGCAUAAUCACGCUCGAGUUCCCUACUUUAUAUUAUGUGGCGUGUUAUGUUCCAAAUGCUGGUGAAAAAUUAGUCCGAUUGAAAGAAAAAAUUGAAUGGGAUAAUGCCAUGGAGAAAUAUCUUCGUGAAUUGGACGCAAAGAAACCCGUUAUUUGGGCGGGGGACUUGAAUGUUGCUCACAAGGAAAUUGAUCUGGCAAGACCUGAAUCAAAUUCAAAAACUGCCGGAUUCACUCGAGAAGAACGUCAAGACUUCGAAAAAAUUUUGAAUGGAGGCGAAGACAAGUUUAUUGAUACUUGGCGCCACUUCCACCCAGACACCAAAGGCGUCUACACAUAUUAUUCGUACAGAUUUCAGGCACGCGUCAAAGGAAUCGGCUGGCGUUUGGACUAUCACGUAGUAAGUGAAAGAUUAUUGGAUAGAGUCGUCGAAAGCGAGAUGAGAAGCGAAUGUUGGGGCGCUAGUGACCAUAUUCCUUUGGUUUUAUUGCUCAAAGACGAUUUGUAG